CUGUGACAGAUAAAAAGCGAUGUAUGUUUGUAUGCAGGCAAACAAAAAAACCAAUAUAAAUAUUUAAUAAGUGAUAAUUGAUUAAAAGCAGAGGUUGAGCAAACGUAAAAACAGUUCCCAUCAGCAGUCGAUUGCCGAGGCAGCGGAGAGAAAUGUUGUUACAAUCGAUAUUAAUGAAAAUAUUGGCCAUUUUUUUGGUCUGCUGGCUGGGACACGUCACAGCCCAGUCAUCUGCCGAUUAUAUGGAGCUCGAAAUCGGUUCAAGAGGUGAAGGUCCACCGGAAAAGACCGAAUUUCCCUGGGGAAAUGAUGACCAGGAUCUUGAUGCAACAAUUUAAGUUUUUUACGAUAUUGUAAAAUACAUAAACAAUUGUAAUGCUAUAUUAAAUCUAUUAUAAAAAGAA